AUGGGUGAUUUGACAUGGGUACCGUUAAUAGCUGAAACGUACUGGCAAAUCGGCAUGGACGAGGUGAGAGUUGGCAAUCAAGCGAUUUCCGGAUCAGUUGCAGGAAUCGUCAAUACGGGUACUUCGCUGAUUGUUGGGCCGACUGAGAGUGUUAAUAAGGUAAACGUUUGCUUGAUAACCUACGGGAAGCUAUACUAUCGUUUUAUGGAUCCGUUGUUGAUGAUAAGGAUCAACCCUCACCUCCCACCCUACCCCACUCCACCUCCAACCAUACCUGCCGCCACCUAUAGCGGCAACCCAUUCACCCGGCGUCGCAAAUUUAUCCUCUAG